UGAAUGAGGUUACAUUUCAAUGUAUCGAUCGACUGUUUGUACCGACUAUUUGUAUCGUUUACGUUUCUAGUGACAUUUGGAAUAUUUUGGAUAUUUUCGAUCGUGAUCACGGACGUUGUGUUUGUUCACACGGACGGGGUGUUGUGAAUGAAUAACCGGAUUCAAAAACAGGUGUUGCAUUAUUUAGAAGAGACAGAAAAUGGAUUAUUUCGUUGGAGAAAUAUUUGAAAUCUCUUAUUUUAAAACAGGUAUGUAUAUUUGUGAAAUAGAUAUGAAACAUAACCUAGAUCAACAAGUCCAAAUUUCACUUCUUACGAUGUACAUAUUCUUACAAAUAUGGAGUACUAUCGCAUCCGUUGGAUGGUAUAUAAUUGGAAUUACAAUCUGCAUUUGGUGGGCAUCUCCGUACAUUUUGGAAAAAUAUGCGAAUUGGAAGUUGAGAAAGAAUGAACAGGAAUAUGCAGCAAAAUAUCAUAAGAAUCCGGAUCUGUUGCGAGAAAGGCUCAUAGGUUUAGAAGCUUCACGACAAAAAAUGCAAGAGGAAUAUUAUCAGAAAUGUAUGUUGGCAGAAGAGGAAAGGACAGAGAAAGGAAAUGCAAAAGGAAUACCAAAAUUAAUCUUAGACAAUAAUGUCAUGGGCGAUAGACCAGGAAAGAAGAACAACGAUUCACCACCUUUUACAGAGAAGAAACACAAAUCUAUAAGGGAAGGAUACAACCCAUUAAUGGGCGACGGUUCUAGAGGGUAUCGACCCCCUAAGCGCACUUGUUGCGGAAAGGGUAGUUGCGGGUAAUUACAUGUAAGCGUAAAAACUAAUAUAAUUUUAUUUUGUAUUCAUAAUUCUCAAUAAGAAUACUUGAAAAAAGAAAAUCGUUUGUUUACGAACGAAAUUUUGUAAAUAAUUAUCGAUCGUUGUCUUCUGUUACAAUAAAACUAUAAAUUUCUAAAUAUA